AUGGGUCGACUGUUCAAUCACGCUUUAUUGAAAGGUGUCACCAUUUCCAUUGGCUCCAAGAACAACUCAAAGAAAAACGACGGCAAUGGCCAUACUGAUGAUGUAAAUAAUGUCGUGAGCUCCAUGUCCACCGACCAAGACAGCUUGUUCAACGAGAUCUUCAAGGCGGUGGCAGAAUCCGGGCUUGUAACCAAGGUUUACCCCGUGCGCGAUAUUAAACGUCCCAACCCCGAGGUUACUGUCGCAUCCAACGGCAUUGACAUUGGCAAGCUGAUCCCACACGCCCAGACCCAAGUAGACCGUGUGCAUAAGGAACUCAAGAAUACCGGCGAAGGAAUCAUUGUCGGUAUCCUUGACUCUGGUAUUGAUUACAUGCAUCCUGCCUUGGGUGGUGGCUUUGGUGAGGGAUACAAGGUCCGUUAUGGUAAAGAUAUGGUCGGCGACAACUAUGGUUUGACUUCAUCUGUACCUGAACCAGACGAUGAUCCAAUGGAUAGCUGCGAUGCGAACACUGGCAGCGUUGGACAUGGUACGCACGUUUCAGGUAUUGUUGCCGGUAAAAGCGACGUAAGUAACUUUACGGGCGUUGCCCCUGACGCAACCCUUGGCAUGUGGCGUGUUUUCAGCUGUGUUGGUGCUUCUGCCGAUGAUGUCAUAAUGGAUGCUAUGCUCGAUGCCUAUGACACUGGUGUGGAUAUCAUCAGUAUGAGCUUGGGCAGUAUGAAUGGCUGGCCUGGGAGCCCCAUGGCAGUCGUCGCUGAGCGUAUCACUGACAAGGGCGUUCCAGUUAUCGUUGCUGCAGGAAACGAUGGACAAUAUGGCGCAUUCACUAUCAGCGUUCCCAGUGUUGGUCAUGGUGCCUUCUCUGUUGCAUCGUUCGAUAACAAUUAUAAUCUCGUCAAAACUUUUGAAAUCAGCGGCUCAUCGAAAGUCUACGAAUAUGCGGAUAGCAGUCCUAGCGUUGGUCAAAUUGCCAAUGGCGAAGUUGUUGCAGGCGACAGCAAAGUCGGUAGCAGCUCUGACGCAUGUGAACCGGCCAAUAUUCCGAAUGAUAUCAAGGGAAAGUUGGCAUUGGUCCAACGCGGUACUUGUACUUUUACUGUCAAGGCUAAUAAUUUGCACCGGGCAGGUGCUACAGGUGUGGUGGUCUACGACAAUACUGAUGAUGAAAGCAGUUUUGCCCCAUCGACUCCCGGUGUUGUGAUCCCCGUUAUUGGCGUUACCCAAAAAAUUGGUGCCGAGCUUCUUGUUUCCAUCAAGAAGGGCAAGACUAGCUUGGCUUUUGCAAAGGAACCAUCCGUCCGCCCAGCAUCUACUGGCAACAGUGUUUCCUCGUUCUCUAGCAUUGGCGCUUCGUAUGAAAUCGAUGUAGCCCCCAACAUUGCUGGUAUUGGUGGCAACGUCUACUCGACGCUUCCUCACCAACUUGGUAGUUGGGGUAUGAUGAGUGGUACUUCCAUGGCAACUCCAUAUGUAUCUGGCUCUGUUGCCCUGUACUUGAAAUCUUUGAAAAACAACGAAGAAAAGACCACCCCUGCCUAUAUCCUUGAGCAUUUCCAAAACUACGCUUUCAGUGCCGCAUUGAAGAAUGGUGAAGCUGAUAUCGACUCGCCGUUUAAACAAGGCGCAGGUCUUGUUCAAGUUUAUGAUGCAAUCAAGCAACAGGUCCACGUCACUCCUGGGGCCAUCAGCUUCAACGACACUGCCAACAUGCAAAAGACACACACCUUCACCAUCAACAACGAUGGUGAUUCGAUUGUAUCUUAUCAACUCUUGAACAAUGUCAGUGUGUCCGUAAUCCCAUACAAAGAUACCAAAUCAUACGAAUUCGCCGCACCUGCAAACUACGGCAAGGACACUGCCAAAUUGCGUUUCUCCAAGAAGAACAUCAAGCUCUCGCCUGGCAAGAGCGCCGAAAUCACCGUCACCGUAAUGCCACCAGGGACCAACCCAGCAGACCAUAUCAUGUAUGGCGGUUUCAUCCAACUCAAGAGCCAACAAAAUCAAAAGGAUAUUACCAUUCCUUACAUUGGUAUUGUCGGCAACCAACGCGAACUGCCCGUUUACGGCUACGGUACACCCUUUUUGACCAACGGCACCACUGUGAACAAUUUGCCAGUCUUUGGUCCAAAUGACACACUUGUCUAUGAUCGCAAGGAUGGAAUAAGCCGACCCACCAUCGUUUUGUCGUUUGCCAACCCUACCCGCGAGCUUUCAGCACCUCUUUUCAAUGAAAAUGGCAGAAAGAUUGGAUAUGCAUUUACCGAUUUAACAUUCGCUGCCCGUUACAGCCCUGAUUAUGCUGCAAACUUUGUGACCUGGGAUGGCACUUAUUAUCCCACCAUCUUCAAUGUCAAGCUGCCCUUCUCAUUGCGUGUUCUUCCCGGCAAAUACCGAAUUGGAAUGAAUGCUCUUAAAUGGCUGGGCGACAAUAAUAACGACAGUGAUUGGGAAGAGUGGACCACUGGUGUCAUUGAGGUUAAAUAA